AAAAAGAACAACGCAAGCGCGUAACUCAUAGAAUCAGCACACCAACAGAAGUACGCAAACGUAGAUGUUUUGCAUCGUUUUGGGAAUAACGAUACCAUGCCCGUCACUUGUGCAUCGGUGGGUUGCAACAAUAAAUUUGUGAAGGGGUCGGAAAUACGAUUUUAUCGGUUCCCACUCAGCAAACCUUCACUUUCCGCAAGAUGGGUUCAGAGUCUUGGGUUGAGAAACUUCAUUCCAAGUGCCAAUACCUGCCUGUGCUCAGAGCAUUUUUCACCAGACUGCUUCAGGGAUUACAAUGGUAAACAGUUUUUGAGAGAGGAUGCCGUGCCAAACGUCUUCACGCAAGUACAGGACUCUUCAAAGAUUGAACUACGAAAACGAGUACCAAUGCCACUACCAAAGGAUAUCAGUGUCACAAAUCACAUGGGACAUCACGGAGAGAGGGACAAAGGAAGAGAAUUCUCAAAUAUACGCAGAGAAAAAAGAGGAGGUUCAAGAGGUGGAAGAGGUGGACGUGGUGGAAAACAUCUUUCUGACAGGCAGAGCAUGGGCAAGAAAGUUUACGAUGGGAAAGGUCGUCUUUUAUCCAACGGCAAGGACAUGUGUGACUGUUUGGAUGUGGAAUGCAUGGGCUGCUUCUACCCUUGCUCUGACUGCGGCUCACGCAAGUGUGGAUUUGAGUGCCGCUGUGACAGAAAGUGGCUUUAUGAACAAAUGGAGGUGGAAGGAGGAGAGAUCAUCCGCAACAAAUUCGCUUUUUAAUAAACUGCCCAUACACUCAAUGGACAGUCUAAUGGACCACAUGGAGCAUUAUGAACAAUUCUACAUGUAUUAAGGUACUGUUUUUUUUAACAUGUGGCGGGAGUAUACACCGAAAUUCAAAUGUUUAGAAGAUUGGUUUGGGCCUAAGUCAUGUAAAUGGAUGACAUCAUGCUAAAAGUUUUUUAUUACAGUGCUCCUUAGGUUGAAGUGUACCUGCUAUUUUCAUAUAAUUUAUGGAGCCACUUUAGUUCCAUUAAAACUUUCAUAUUGUGCCAAUCAUGGUAAAUAAACUUUAUCCCCACUCUUUGCA